AUGGCAAAUUUGAAAGAAUUGUCAAGCAGUUGCUGUUUUGAUGGAUAUCAAAAAGUUUUUUCUCAUGAAAGUAAUGAAUUAAAAUGUGUUAUGAAAUUUUCUGUGUUCCUGCCGCCUGCAGCUGCAAAAGAAAAAGUACCAGUUAUUUAUUGGCUCUCUGGACUAACAUGCACAGAAAGAAAUUUUAUUGAAAAAGGUGGUGCUCAGCAAUAUGCUUCAAAGCAUGGGGUAAUGAUUGUGGGACCAGAUACUAGCCCUAGAGAUGUCAAUAUUCCUGGAGAGGAUGAUAGUUUCGAUUUUGGUAGCGGAGCUGGUUUUUAUGUAGAUGCUACUCAGGAACCAUGGAAAAAACAUUACAGAAUGUAUUCUUAUGUAACAAAAGAGCUGCCAAAAUUAAUUGCCGAUAAUUUUCCAAUCAUACCCAAUAAACAGAGUAUAAUGGGGCAUAGCAUGGGAGGUCAUGGUGCUCUCAUCUGUGCUCUUAAAAACCCUGGUAAAUAUUGUUGUGUUUCUGCUUUUGCACCCAUUUGUAACCCCAUCUUGGGAAAUUGGGGUAAGAAAGCAUUUACUGGAUAUUUAGGAAAAGACACUUCAACUUGGUCAGAAUGGGAUUCUACUGAAUUAAUAAAAAAUUACAAUGGGCCCUGCAUAGAACUUUUUGUGGAACAGGGUAAAGAAGAUGAAUAUUUGCAUAAACAAGAAUUACUCCCUGAUAAUUUAAUUUCUUCAUAUCAAAAAAAUUGUGAAAAAAUCAAAUUGAUAUAUAAACUUAGGGAAAAAUAUGACCAUAGUUACUUUUUUGUGACAUCAUUUAUAGCAGAACACAUUGCACAUCAUGCUAAAAUAUUAAUGAUUAAGUUUGCAUCCAUACAAGUUAGUUACACUUUUCGCCGCAUGGCGCGCUGUCAUUCAAUAUUACACGUCGUAUUUCGAACGUUAGAGGAUAACAAAUAUAAAUGUGGAAUGAUAUGCACUUUUGAAAUACUUAAACAAAGUCUAAUGUUCGCUUAA